CGUGGGUCGUGGGAAGAGGAGGGCUGUGAGCGGCAGUAGCGGCCUGCUGUCGUGGCGUGGCGUGACAUGCGCGGGUGAGCGUGUCGGUGCAGAGCGGUUGUGCAGGUGGCGGCCCCUGCGCCAGCGUCAAUGUUGGGCCAGCCUUCCAUGCUAUGUGCUGCCAUGCUGCUAGGGCUUUGCUGCCUCCGCUGCAGUACACUACCGAUAUAUCCUCCCCUCUGCCUUCUAACCUCCCCCAUCCUCCUCCCCCCCUGCACAUUCGCAGGCCCCUUCGCAUUUACACGCCAUUCACACACGUUUUCCUUCUUAUCCCUCCCUUUCCCACUUUUUUCUUUAUUACUAGACCCCUCGUGUUGCCUUUCCCUAUCGCACGUCCGGCGCGCUCGUGGCGGCUUCCAUGGCGGCUUCUCUGGCGUUCGGUUUCCUCUCUAGGUACGGCAAGGUUGUCAUCCUGACGGAUGCCGAUGUGGACGGGGCGCACAUUCGGGCGCUGCUGCUCACCUUCCUGUUCAGGUACCGUCCGCAGCUCUUCCACGCGGGCCGGGUGUACGUUGCCGUACCGCCGCUGUACAAGGUGGAGCGCGGCCGCAGCACCUGGUGGGCGCACGACGAGGCGGGGCUGCGGCAGCUGCUGGCGGAGCACCGGCUGGGGGGGGCGGGGGCGGGGGUGGGGAGCGGGGUCAGCGUGCAGCGGUUCAAGGGGCUGGGCGAGAUGAUGCCGCAGCAGCUGUGGGAUACUACACUCAAUCCGGAGACGAGGCUGCUCCGCCGGCUGACGGUGCGUGACGUGUCGGAGGCCGACCAGCUGCUCACCUCCCUGAUGGGGGUGCACGUGGCACCGCGGAAGGCCCUCAUUGAGGAGUACGGCAGGAAACUGGAGUCCAUUGCCGUACUGGACGUGUAAGGCGGUGUAACCAACCAACUAGCAAGGCACAACCAGUAACGGGCUAGUUAUGAGUAGUAAAUGUUGGAGGUGUGAGUGAGUGUGUACAUCGCAACUGCGACUGAGAGGUAGGGACGAGUGAAGGGAUGGGGUGAAGUGUAUAGUUGUGGAUGUGGUGAAGUGUAUGUGUGGUGUGUGGAAUAAGUAGCUGUGCCCAGAGCUGCAGGUACCCAGUUUCCAGGUAUAUGCGCUGUGCCGUGCCAACUUUCUCGAAGCUUUUCAAGCCUUCAAGACAUACAGGUAGCAUUUAACACGGGUCUAUGACUCCGGGGAUCCGGCGAUCCGGGGAUGGCGAUCCUACACGGGUGUAUGCGGGACAUACCGUUGGCGGAACGGCAACUCAUUACUGGUGAUUCUGUCCUGAGGGAGCGCCGGGGGCCCUAUGCCACCCGUACGGCAACUUCCUGGGUGCAGUGCCUGGGCCCUGAGCGGUGCUGGUGCGGGUGUAGACCGAGUGACUAGGCAGGUGGGGAUCUGUGUUGAGCCGGAGGAGGUGCUGUCGUGCUUGCAUGGCUUGGCAGGCGGGGGAUGAGCAAAGAAUAUCCAAUGUGUGGUGUCCUG